AAAACACUAGGUAGAUAUCUGUACGUAUAUUUAACUUCCUUGUGGAAUAACCUGUAGCCAUCGUCUUUUUAAAUAAUGGCAGAGGGAGGGUCUUUUCACAGAGAAGAACCUUCAAUAUGUUCCGACACAUUUCAAAAUAUCGAGAAGGAAAUGAAGUGUUUGUGCUGUGACAGACCAUUUAAUAAUCCAGUGUACCUCCCGUGUGGUCAUACAAUUAAUAAACAAUGCAUGAAAAAACAGAGACCCGUUGGAAAAUGCAUCAUGUGCAAGGAACCGUUUAAUGUAAGAGCACACGAAUUUCCACGUAACCGUCUUUUCGAAAAACUAGCAUCCAUUGCUAUGUGUAGGAAAAUCCAAUCAAAGCUGAAAAGAAAUCCUUAUUGCACCUUUGAUGAGGACCACAUAAAAAAAGUUUUAGCGCAUAUAUACUGCGCAAUGUGCAAAUAUCGACUUUGUCAAAAAUGUAAAUCACUGCAUGAUAAAGUACCCGAAAGUCGGAAACAUGACGUAUAUUACCCUGAGAGUGAUCGUCACGAAAUUGAUAUACUAACUAGGAGUACGAGAUGCGACUUUCACGAAGAUCAGGAAAUUGUAAAAUGGUGUUCUGACUGCCAUUUGACGGCAUGUACAAAGUGCUGUCCAUGUGAACACAAUUUAAGUGAUAUCUCAAAAGCAGCAAAAGAUGCUGAGGACAAACUCAGACUUAUUCAGAGGAAUUUCUCAGAAACUCUUUCUACUGUAGAAACGCAACAGGGAUGUUUAAAGCGAAAUGGGAUCCACUUCCAAUUUGAGGUCAAAGAAAAUAAGAUUUCGGAUACAAGAUUAGUACUGAGAUACAAUGUCAUCAAAAACUCUAUUGAAGACGUUCAUGUUCAAACUUACUACCUUCUCUAUGAAAUAGAUUUACUCCUGUCACACGGUGGGAACAUAGAUAAACUGUCAGCAUUGCUAUUUAUAUUGAAACAACAAAAAUCAAUACAGAAAUCGUCAGAAAACAUCGAACCUAGGUCGGACUCCUCUUCUUCAUCCAGCACUCGAUCCUCAUUGUCGGAUUCGGGAUCGUCUGGGAAUGUCAGUCUCACCGAUACCAUCCAGUCUACACCGGGAACGGAAACACAUUUCCGGUAUCAAAAUGAAUUAGUUUAUCAAAAUCAAAGAUUCGUGGAUAGAAGAAGAGCUAUAAAUCCAAGAGAAUUUGAAGUUUCAGCAGAAAAUAUCUACAGCAAUGAGGAGAACUACGGGGACAUUCAGGUGCAGCUAAGGAACCCGUACAACACGAAAAUGAAAGAAAUAACUGAAAAAUGUUGUCAAUUCGAUACAGAAACAAGACUAACAGGAAUGACGAUAUCAGGUGAUGUCAUCAUUGUUGCCAGCCAAAGUGCUGGAAUGUGUUCUGGAUUUGGAACUCAGGGGGAGCGCAUGUGGAACAUCACAGAGAAACUGGAUGGUCCUUUUGAUUUGGAUGCAUAUAAAACUAAUGAUGGCAAACAACUGUUGUUCGUAUCUGAUCCUGGAAAAAGAGAAGAGUAUAAAAGCACAGUCAGAGUUUUCGAACGAAGAGCAAACAACCGAUACACUCAUCUGAAAUGUUUCACAAUGGAGUGUGUUCGCCCUAAAGGAAUUUGUGCCUUUGCUGGAAGGGUUUACUUGUGUGAACCUCAGCACAAAGAAAUCACAGAAUAUCAAAUAUGUGACGAUUUUUCGGGAAAAAUUAUGAAAAGAUACAAUGAAGAAGGUGUGCUGAAGGAGCCAUUGUACGUAACGGCACAAGUUGUCCGAGAUAAAAUGUUUCUACUGGUGUCCGAUAAACACAUGGGGUUGAAGCGAUUAAUCAAAGGAGACGCUGGUAAAACACACCCGGGGUGGGCAGUCACCAAAGAAAAAACCUUCACCCCAUCGAAAUGUUUUGUUACCGAAAGUAAAGACAAAAAAGAAGUGUUUUUAGGCAAUACCACCGGACGAAAGUUACAUCUGAUAAACUUUGAACCUCGCCAGAUUAGCCACACCGAAUACUCGUUAGACGAUUGCAGUGGUCCUGUGGCAGUGUUAGAGAAUGGACAAGGGCAAAUUGUUGUAGGCUGCAAAGACGGCUCUGUUAUUCUAUUUCAGAUCAAAGAAGUAACGGAAAUGGAAAGAAUAGGGCCCUCAACUGUGGAAGAAGAGGAAAAUGCAUAUGAUUUGUAAAUGUUUUGAGCUGUAAAUAUUUUUAUCAGGAAGCUACAAUGUUCAUACGAGCUGAAAAUAUUAAAGGCAGCUAGAAAACACAAUGUAUUAUAUUAGCUGCCAAUUUUUAAGCUAACAGCAAUUGAGAUGUUCCUGUAUAUGAAUGUUUAGGACAGACAAUAUGCCUUGGAUAUUAAAACAACACUUAAUUUUUGUGAUACCGACAAAAGAUCGGAGGGGACAUCGGCCCGUCCGCGAAGCAAGGCUUCAAAGGUAAAAAAAAAAAAGACAAAAUUAGCAAAACAAUAUAGUUAAUCUCUACUUACAUUCACUGAAAAGUUUCUUUCAACCAGACGCUUGGAUGUCUUUGCAAAUCUUCGACGAGCAGAGAGUCUGGUAAAGACUCGUGAAAGUAGCUGUUGCCGCUAGGAAGCGUUAAUUCACAUGUAGUUUAGAAUAGUAUAAAUAAAGUCAAUUCCAAACGA